CAGAUCUAUCAUAAAAUAUUACUGUAUAAAUUAAGAUUCAAUAAUAUAUAAUUUCUCCAUUUUAGAGAACUAGAACUCGGAGUAGGAUUCUGCAUCCAACCAAAAAGCUGUUUGCUUCUUUCUCUUUCGUCAGACGUUAAUGGUGAAUCUGUGCUCUGCAUAGUCGGUUCAGUGUAUGCAUACACAGGAAAAGCUAUACAUACAGAUGCAUUGUUCUGAAGCUAGCUGGUUGAUGCAAGAUUACUUGUUGGAUUUCUUAGGAGUAAGACUUAUUUUGGAAAAGAGUGAAUUUGGCAGUACUCGCGGAGUUUUUGAAAAGGCCUGAAGUAUUUGAAUUGGAAGGUGUGGUAGUUGGUGCGUUAGUUUUCUGAGGAGUGAUUUUCUUUUCUGAAUUCUGUUGUUGUGGUUAGAAUGGGUGGUUGAAAGGAUCAAUUAAGCUGGUUUAUAGUUCAACUAUUUAAUUCAUAGGGUGUAGCUGCUGAAUUUAUUGCAAUUGAUGAAAGCUUGGCUAUUAGAUUCUACCAAUGCCAGUUGAAGUUGCUUGGGACUUGAAUGAUAUUUACGAGGGAUUGUGCCUUACAAUAGGUUGUAGCUUAUGUGGACUUUGGAGGUUCAAGUCAAAACAAUAGCUAGUACGUGUGGAGUGCAUCAGCUCAAAUUAAAGGGGUCUGCAAAAUCUGGUCAUGAGAAGCCCUUUGUUCAACAAGCUAUCCAUAAUAUUCGGCCCUAGACCACCACUCAAUUGGCUGCUCUUGCUUCUUGUCAGCAUAUUUGGGCUAAUAUCAUUGUUGGGAUCAUCUUCCUCGAGUGCUUUUGACUCUGUUACUUCUUCAAAACCUAACAUUUAUACAAAUUAUAGAAGGUUGAAGGAGCAAGCAGCAGGAGAUUACCUGGAACUAAGGAGCAUUUCCCAUGGAUCUAACCGGAUAAAGCAUGUUGGUAUUUGUAGCAAGGGUAGAGAGAACUAUGUCCCUUGCUACAAUGUGUCUGCAAAUUUGCUUUCUGGGUUUAAGGAUGGGGAGGAGUUUGAUCGGCAUUGUGAAGUAUCACAAGAUCUGCAGGAUUGUUUAGUGCGUCCACCUAAGGACUAUAAGAUUCCUUUGACUUGGCCUGCAGGAAGGGAUGUCAUCUGGAGCGGAAAUGUGAAGUUAACCAAAGGCCAUUUCCUUUCAUCUGGAAGCAUGACGAAAAGGCUAAUGUUACUAGAAGAGAAUCAAAUUGCUUUCCGUUCAGAUGAUGGAGCAGGUGUUGAUGACGUCAAAGACUACUCUCACCUAAUUGCAGAGUUGAUUGGGUUAGGAAGUGACACUGAACUUCUUCAAGCUGGUGUGCACAAUGUACUAGAUAUUGGCUGUGGAUUUGGUAGCUUUGGGGCUCACUUACUCUCUCUAAAGCUGAUGCCUCUUUGUGUGGCAUCAUAUGAAUCUUCAAGUAGCCAAGUCCAGUUAGCACUUGAGAGAGGACUUCCAGCAGUGAUUGGCAACUUCAUUGCUAAUCAGCUUCCAUUCCCAUCACUGUCAUAUGACAUGGUUCAUUGUGCACAGUGUGGGAUCAUAUGGGAUAAGAAAGAUGGACUAUUUCUUAUUGAAGCUGACCGUAUAUUGAAGCCUGGAGGCUACUUUGUGUUAACCUCACCUACAAGCCAGCAAAAUAGAGAUUUUAUAAGUUCAAAGAAGGGAAGACUAUCAACUCCAUUUGAAAAGUUCUCCAGGGAAAUUUGUUGGAACCUUUUGGCCCAACAAGAAGAAACUUUCAUCUGGCAGAAGACAGUCGAUUCUCAGUGUGCUAGGAAGCAGGGAGCUGUACCUAUUUGUAAUGGAGAGGAUAUUCAAACUUAUUACCAACCACUUGCACAUUGUAUUUCAGGGACAGCCAACAAUAGAUGGAUUCCCAUUCAUGCCAGAACUGGCUCUCUGAACUCAACUGAACUCGAAAUUCAUGGUAUUCAUCCUGAAGAUUUCUAUGAGGACUUAGAGUUCUGGAGAUCUUCAUUGAGAAACUAUUGGUCUUUGCUGUCACCCUUAAUUUUCUCUGACCAUCCAAAGAGGCCUGGGGACGAGGAUCCAUUGCCUCCAUAUAAUAUGGUUCGGAAUGUUAUGGAUAUGAAUGCAUAUUAUGGGGGAUUAAAUGCUGCAUUAUCUGAGGCAGGAAAAUCAGUGUGGGUGAUGAAUGUUGUGCCUCUUGGGGUGCACAAUACACUUCCUCUCAUACUUGAUCGAGGAUUUGCAGGCAUUCUGCAUAACUGGUGUGAAUCAUUUCCUACAUACCCUAGAACAUUUGACAUGCUUCAUGCCAAUGGGCUCCUUUCACACCUUAGUUCACAAAGAUGCAGUAUGAUUGAUCUACUUUUCGAGAUGGAUCGUAUUUUAAGGCCCGAGGGAUGGGUUAUUCUAUCGGAUAAAUUGGGCCAUAUAGAAAAGGCUCGUAUGUUUGCCACACAGAUCCGCUGGGAAGCCAGGGUGAUUGACCUCCAGAAUGGAAGUGAUCAGCGUCUACUUGUAUGUCAAAAACCAUUUGUGAAAAAAUAAUUAUCAAGAGAUGAAAAUCUACCAAGCUGAUGGUUCUCCAGUGUUUUCUGAAGCUGGUAAUAUUCCACAUGAUUAACUGUCUUGUAUCUCAUGACACCCACAAUGCUUCUGCCCAUCCAAAAAUGUAGACCCAAAAAAACCAUUCUUUACUAACACGAUAUUUCCAGACCAACCUCCUCCCCCUGCCUCAGACCAAUAUAAUAAAAGAAACAACUCUAUUUGUCGGAGGUCUGGUCUGAUAUGAAAUGUUCCACUUUUUAACAUUCUCUUCAAAGCUGCUUCCAAAACUAUGAAGGUAUUACAGAUGUGAACAAGGCAAAACCACAAGAGCCACGAACCCUAGUUUCAUCUGUUCCCUACUGAAACAGUUGGUAGAUCACAAUGAUUGUCAUUUCAGUUAUAUCUGUGGUGGACUGGUGGAUGAGUGGACCACAACUUUAUCAAGAUUUUUCUGUACUUCAGUCUGUACACUUAUGCAUUGGUGGGAGCUGGGGGUUGGUUCAUUUCUUUCUUUUCCAUCCAUUAUCUCAUCAUCACCUUCCAUGGCACAUGAUGAUGGAUGUGAAUUGAUUAUAAUAAUGUCCUACAGGGAGAGAACUGCACAAAUGCACAAUAAAGGCUUCAAAUUUUGGUGCAGUGUUUCUGUAGGUUGAGGAACAAGAUGGAGACAUUUCUUUCCAAAAAGUGUUGAUGAUAAGAACCUUUGCUGCAGAAACGACCCCCGCACAGAGUCUUGGAUAGUGGUUACAAAAAUUCUGUAGUGCUUCAUUCAUCCCAUUUUUGUCUUUGUUUUUGGUUUUCAUAUAUCUUCAUUGAUUUUGUAGUUGGAAUUUACACAACAUUUUAAAAACAAAUAUUUAGUACAAAAAGCUAGAAUCAAUCAUUAAUAUAGGAAAAAACAAGUUAUAAAUAUAAUGCCUGAACUCUCUA